AUCAUCACAAAGACCAUGGGAAAAAAAGAUGCUGAAGCACAGACAGCUGUUCCCUACGAUCGUCUUGCGGACGAUGAAUCAACAGCAGCUGAUUCGUUGGAAAGGCACGAAACAGGAACCACGAAACUCAAACUAUCAGACGAGAUAAGGCGAGAUCUUCCCGUGAACGGUUAUCAGCACAGUGCUCCUGCUUCCACCGGAAUGGGUGGUGGAGAACCACAAGCAACCAGCGCAGAACACGAAGAGCUGUUUGCGCAGUAUCGCGAGGAGGAGGGCAAACUUGGCACGUCCAACGAGUCCGAAGAGCAAACGGAUCAUCAAAUGAAUGGCAAUCGUAGCAAGCGCAGCGGAGCAAAUGCGCGGGUGAAUAAUAGAACCGGAGAUACGGGAGCUACGUUUAGUCGAAAGCUAUUGCUAGCAAAUGCACUGGUCAACGUUUUGAUGUUCGCUGUUGCCGGCUACAUAACGUACCAUUGCUUCAACAAAGCGAUGGUACUGUUUUCGUGGCACCCAACAUUCAUGUCGAUAGGGUACCUGAUUCUGAUGUCCCAGGCAGUGCUGACAAUGUCCGGGACAAACUACUUCACGCACCGUUGCCAUCACCGAACGAAAGUGUUUCUCCACUGGCUACUGCAGGCGGUAGCUGGCAUACUGAUUACGAUCGCUGCAGUGUGCAUAUUUCUCAACAAAAUUCGACUGCAAAAGUCGCAUUUUCAAACUCUGCACGGUAUUUUCGGAUUGGUGACCGUUUGCUUUACGUUGGCUUCAAUCGCUGGUGGAGUGACCACUAAAUACGCAUUUCAAUUACGCCAGUAUAUGCGCCCUAUCUACAGCAAACUGAUCCAUGGGAUUGCAGGCACCGUGACGUAUCUGCUUGGCGUAAUUACUAUCGGCUUGGGAGUGUAUUCCCAUUGGUUCCAGGAGGACAACGACGCAAACGUGCGAUUAACAUUGGUGAUUGCAAUUGGAGUUAUUGCUGUGUACGUUAUUAUUGCACCGAUGCUAAAUACGAUACAACGAAUGAAAACAGCCGUUCGUUCCACGUUGUAACACAAUUUGAACGUUGGGCUACAAGCUAACAACUGUCCGCUACACUUUUUCGCUUGAUUGCAAUAAAACAUAACACACGCUAAACGA